CCCUGGUGUUUGAGUUGCAAUGUUCAUGGUGGUGACCAUGCUGAUCAAUAUGUUUGGUGUGAAGAUCUUUGGUGAGUUCGAGCCCUGGUUGUCCUCUGUGAGUGUGCUCAUUGUUCUACGUCCCAUCAUCUUGCUGCUGGUUAUCAUAGUUGGUGAAGCACCAAGUCAUGACCAUUUGGGCGUCGGGUAUUGGAGCGAUCCAGGUACCCGUAGAGCUUACUCAGGAAUCGAUGAUGAGCCGUUUGGAAGGCUCGCCUCGUUCAUCAACGUCCUGGUCACUGAGCUGGUUGGUGUCAUCGUUGCUAAAGCUGAGAACCCACGGCGUAACGUCCCAAGGGCCAUCAAGCUCACGUUCUACAGAAUCCUGAUCUUCUACGAGCUGUCUGUGUUUCUACAGGGGACGUGUGUUGCCUAUGACCACCUACUGCUGAUCUCAGCAACUUCGUCCUCUAUUUCUGCCAAUGCCUCUCCGUUUGUCGUGGCCAUCAAGAACGCCAAAAUCGGUCGCUUAGAUCAUGCCAUCAACGCCUGUAUCCUGGUCAUCAUCUUCUCAGCGGUCAUCUCUGACUUGUGCAUUGGCUCAAGAACCCUCGACGGCCUCACAGUCACUGGGAGGGCACCAAGGUCCUUUGCAAAGACCAACAGAUGGGCAAUACCUUACUAUGCGCUGAUGGUGUGUGGUUCCUUCUCUGCGUUGGCGUACAUGAGCGUUGCAGAGGACUCUCAGACAGUGUUCUCGUGCUUUGUUAGUGUUGUUUCGUUCUUUGGUGUGCUCACGUGCUCACUGACGUAUAGUGCACCGUUUUAUCCGUACGGAUCAUGGGGUGCGCUUGUCCUAUGUGUCGUCAUUGCGUUCACUCAGAACUUCACCGUGUUCAUCGAUGGCUUUGACCAUGAAACAUUCAUCACGGGGUACAUCGGCAUACCAGUGUACGUUACGAAGACCAUCAAGCCAGAGGAUGCUAAGCUUGUGACCUUGAAGCACUAUGUCGAUGCAGAGGAGGAGGCACGCAUCAUCAAGGACCAGGAGAGAAAGGAGAGAAACAAGCUGAGCAGCAGGAAGUACAAGUAGUGGCUCUAUGAUAAGUUCGUCUCCUGUGUAUUCUAAAGCUGCUCUGAGGCCGUGGCUUUAAGGUAGUUAUUGCGUUGAACUGAACUGAAGAUGAUAGACACUGUAGCUUGAUGCUAUGGGUGCCACUCUCUGCUCCAGUGGCCCACCAUGUCAUCCUGUGGCCUUGGAAAGUCUCACACUGACUGUAAAUGUGUCAAGAUGAUGGCUCACGGCAGAUGGUGCAACCCGGUGGAGGUGUAGAUAUUAAGCCUUUGCUGACCGUACGCUGAGGGACUCCGCCGAUGACGGUGUAUGAAAGCCAAUUCACCACCACCAGCGCCACCAGAUGGUCAGAGCUAUAUAGUAAACAGUCAAUCGAGUCACC